AUGGCUAGAACUAAGCAGACUGCUCGCAAGUCCACGGGUGGCAAGGCCCCUCGUAAGCAAAUUGCCGCAAAGGCUGCUCGCAAGGCUGCUCCAUCUACUGGUGGUGUCAAGAAGCCUCACCGCUACAAGCCUGGUACCGUCGCUCUCCGUGAAAUCCGUCGCUACCAGAAAUCCACCGAACUCUUGAUCCGCAAGCUUCCUUUCCAGCGUCUGGUUCGUGAAAUCGCUCAGGAUUUCAAGUCCGACCUUCGCUUCCAGUCUUCUGCCAUUGGUGCUCUUCAGGAAUCCGUUGAAGCAUACCUCGUAUCCCUCUUUGAAGAUACCAACCUUUGCGCUAUCCACGCCAAGCGUGUUACUAUCCAGUCCAAGGACAUCCAGCUUGCUCGUCGUCUCCGUGGUGAACGUUCAUAA